AUGAAAAUUAAUAAAUAUGCAAUUUUUGUUGAUAAUAAUAAAGAAAAGAAAGAUGUUGCUGAGAUGAUUUUAUAUCUUACAAAAAAUAGGGUCUCAAAAAAUCUUAUUCGGAUUUAUGACAUUAGUGAAGAAAAAGGAAUAUUACAGUAUAUAAAACAAGAAAAAUUAGAAUGUCCUCUUUUAUUUUUAUGGGGAAAUCUUUAUGGAAAUCUUCAAUUUGUAAAAGAGCAAAACGAAAAUGGGAUCUUACGUUUAGCACUAUUAAAUAAUCCAAAUAAAAAGAAUAAAAAAAAAGGAGAAAAAAAGAAUACGAGUGAAUUUAGUUUUAGUCCUCUUAUUAAAGAAGAAUAUGAUGAAACUCUUUCAAAAGACCAAGUCGAAAGUAAAACAAAGUUGGAAAAGACAACUGGUAUUGAUACCUCAAUCCAAUCAAAUGAUAUAAAACUAACUGAGGAAAAACAAAUAUCAUUAAACAAGAAUAAUAAUGUUGUUAUUUUAAAACCUAAAAUUAAUUCCACGAAUAACGAACAACCUCAACAACAAGAAAAUCAAGAAGAUCAAAUACUUCAAUUACAAACAUGUAAAGAAACAGAUCAAUCUAAAGAAAAAAUAGAAGAAAUGAAAGAUCAAAGUUUACAAACAGAUUGUAAAGAAAAAUUAGUUAACGAAAAGGAUAUUAAUAAAGAAUCCUUUGAACAAAGUCUAAUCAAAAUAACUGAGUCAUAUAUAAGUGACUCAACUGAAGAAAUAAAUCCAAAAGAGAUAGUUAUUAUAGACGACUAUGAAAAUCAACAAUCUGUCCUUCAAGAAGAUGAAAUGAUUGACCUUAAUGUACCUCAACUUGAAGCACUUAAUUUUGGUGAUCGAUGGUUAAAUGCUUGUGAAUGGGUAAUUAGAAAUAUUAGUCAAUCAUCUCCAGAAAGAAAAAAACGUAUAGAUGAAAUUGUUUUAGAAAAGCAACCAGAUGAUAUUGAUUAUUAUGUUAUAAGAACUAAUUGGUAUUGGAGACAUCAAAUAAGAAUUAUGAGAUUUGGAAAAGAACAUUUUUAUAGAUUAGAUGAAACGUAUCAUGUUAAAGAAUCAUUCAGAUAUGAAGAUGUUAAAGAAAUUGUUCAAACAGAUGAAGAACAUCUUGUUAUUAAAUUCUUAAGAAAUUCACAACCACAAUACCUUCAGUCUAAACUUGUCCACCAAAUGAUCGUUACUUUAGUUAGUCAUCUUACCCAAGAUUAUACAAUUACCAGAAUAAAUUAA